GCUGGGGCCGGGCGGCUGCGGAACGGGGGGUCUACCGGGCAUGGGAGCGGCCGCGCCUGGAAGCGCUUACCGGAGGCUUAAUGGCAAGCAUCCUCCAUGAUAACAACAAGGCUUGCAGCUCUUCUCCAGCGUGCCUCCAGUUGCUCGUCGGGGCAGGGAGGUUUGCAGGCAGCCAGGCAGGCACCAGCACCAUGUUCAGCCGGUCAGGAUACCAGGCCCUUCCUUUGGGAGACUUUGACCGCUUCCAGCAGUCCAGCAUCGGGCUCUAUGGUGCCCAAAAGGGCUUAUUCUCCUUCGGAUCCAAGCAAGACCCUCUGGGCCCAGCUGGGAAUACCACAGAUUCCUCCCAGGGUUGGCUGUCCUGGAUCUGCCAUGGGAUUAUCACUUCCUUGGUCUUCUUGCUGAUGGUUGUCACCUUCCCUAUCUCAGGAUGGUUUGCCUUGAAGAUUGUGCCUACCUAUGAGCGAAUGAUCAUCUUCCGCCUGGGCCGCAUCCGGGCACCGCAGGGACCCGGUGUGGUCCUGCUGCUGCCCUUCAUCGAUCACUGGCAGAGAGUGGAUCUGAGGACGAGGGCCUUCAACGUGCCCCCCUGCAAGCUGACCUCCAAGGAUGGGGCGGUCAUCUCCAUGGGUGCUGACAUCCAAUUCCGGGUGUGGGACCCCGUGUUAUCUGUCAUGAUGGUGAAGGACCUCAUCGCAGCCACGCGGAUGACGGCACAGAACGCCAUGACCAAGAUCUUAGUGAAGAAAAGCCUCCGUGAGAUCCAGGUGGAGAAGCUGAAGAUUGGGGAGCAGCUGCUGCUGGAGAUUAAUGACAUGAUCAAGUCCUGGGGCCUGGAGGUAGACCGCGUGGAGCUGAGCAUGGAGGCCGUGCUGCAGCCACCCCAGGAGAACCUGGUGGGCCCUCUGGCCACCAUGCCACCCGUGCCUGGGCUGGAGGGGCUGGAUGGCACCAUUCAGCAGUUGGCUGCCCAUUUCCUCAGCAACACCUUGGCUCUGGCAGGCAGUGGGACUGGCACUCCAGAGGCAGACAGCAUGGAGACAGUGAAUGAGGUGGAGCCUCCCACCACUCCCCUCCUCACCACCAAUGGCAGCGCCUGGAGGAAGCCCAGUGUGGAUGAACUGUUCUCAGCGGUGGAGCCCAUCCUCUCCGAGGCCCUGGUUGGCCAGGUGGGAGCAUCCUACCAGGUCAACAUUGCCCUGCCCAGUGGCGCCUGGAGCACCUACUUCAUAGACCUCUCCUCAGGCAACGGGCGAGCUGGCCGUGGUGUGCCCGAGGGCAGCCCUGAUGUCAUUCUCGAGGUGGCAGAGAAAGACCUGCAGGACCUCUUCUUGGGUGACUUGCGCCCUUUGGGUGCCUACAUGAGCGGGAGGCUGCAGGUGAGAGGCGACCUGCACCUCGCCCUGAAGCUGGAGGAGCUCGUUAAGGCGAUGAAGCAACGUAGAUAGAGCAUGUGUGUGGGUGUGUGUCUGUGUGCAUGUGUCUUUGUAGGUGUGCAAAAGCAGGGGACUUAUAGGGGUGCUGUGCGGUGGGGGCCUUGCCCUUCUGGAGGUCCUGCUGCUCUCCCCAUGGAGGCUGCACAGGACUGGGUGAAGAUCUGAGCAGGGAAACUGAGGCCGAGCUCCAUUGCCUGUCCUUGCCCUUGGCUUUACCUCCCCUGCCCAUCCUUUGCCUACAAUGUUAUGGGAUGGGAACCAGUUGGCACCCCACCAUGUGCCAUUUUGCUUCCAGAUCCCUUGGCCAGUAUGCCACCAGGGCACAGACUGAUGUCCUGCUGUCCCCACAACAGGCUGCGUGGCCAGACAUCUCAGACUAGAAGGGGCAUGAGCUGAGCAUAUUGGACUGGGAAGAGCUUGGGGACACUGUGGCCAAGGGCAGUAGUUGUGGGGUGGGGUGGGCAGCCAAAGCGGGAUGUGAGAGCCGGCUGGACCAGGCUGGGAUGCCACCAGCAGGCUGGGGUUGGGGUCCAGCAUGGCACUGCUGACAGGGUGCUGACAUUUAUGGGGAAGGAGCAGAGGUGGCAAUUUGGGAAAAGACCUUUCUGGAGGUACUCAAGACUUCCCGACAAAGUGGUUUAUAAUAAUUCAUUAUGCUAAUUUGUGCUUCAGAGUGCUUUUGCAUGCAUGCUGUGAGGUCUGUCCGCGGAGGGUGUGUGGACUGUAUAUAGGCGUAUAUAGAUAUUUAUUUAUUUUGUAAGCUUCCUUUCUAUCAACUCUCCAUGGACAAUAAACCUGGUCUGCAGCCUUGUGCUUGA